CUUCCGGGUGGCAGCAGAAGAAGAAGUGAGUUCUGAUCCGACCAACUUCCGACAGAAAGGUCGGUUUAGAAGUGUGUGUAGAAGUCGCUACUAGUGACCGCGCAAACAUGGCAGCGGCGGCGGCUGUCGUGAGGUGUUUGCGGACCGGGCUGAGGACAGACUGUCUGGUUGGCUCGCGGCUCGCCUCCGCCGCCGCGGUGAGCCGCCACACAGCCGAGGACGUCAGCAGCCUGAGGCGCAGAGGCGCCGGUGGGUCCCGGGGCCGAGGACGGGACCGCGGGGGUCGCCUGCUGAGUUCUGUCUCUCUGGGGCUCGGACUCUGCGGCGCCGCGCUGCUGGACACGCGGAGGGACGAGGACUCGAGAGGUGCGGCGGUCCUUGAACGCGUCCUGCCCAGCGCUCUGUGCGCGGCUCCGUUUAAGCCCGACAGUCCGCGGUUUAAGUACAACUUUAUCGCCGAUGUGGUGGAAAAAUCGACACCUGCUGUGGUCUACAUCGAGAUCCUGGCCCGACAUCCGAUGUCCCACAGAGAAAUCACAGUGUCCAAUGGCUCGGGAUUCAUCGUCAGCAGCGACGGCCUCAUCCUCACCAACGCCCACGUGGUGGCCAACAAGCGGGCCGUGCGCGUCAAGCUGGCCAAUGGCGACACGUACGACGCCACCGUGCAGCACGUGGACCAGGUGGCCGACAUCGCCACCAUCAAGAUCUCCGCCAAGAACCCCCUGCCCACGCUGAAGCUGGGCCGCUCCUCGGACAUCCGGCAGGGGGAGUUUGUGGUGGCCAUGGGGAGCCCGCUGGCGCUGAGGAACACCAUCACGUCCGGGAUCAUCAGCGCCGUGCUGCGAGGAAGCAAGGAGCUGGGAAUGGUCAACUCCAACAUGGACUACAUCCAGACGGACGCCGCCAUCGACUUUGGGAACUCUGGCGGUCCUCUCAUCAAUCUGGACGGCGAGGUCGUGGGCAUCAACACCAUGAAGGUCACGCCGGGCAUCUCCUUCGCCAUCCCGGCCGACCGCUUGCAGCUGUUCCUGGAUCAGGCGGCCAACCGGAAAAGUUCGUGGUUCAGCGGCUCGGACACCCGCCAGCGCUACAUCGGCAUCACCAUGUUGACGCUGACGCCCAGCAUCAUCGCGGAGCUGAAGCUGAGGGACCCGACUUUCCCGGACGUCACUCACGGAAUCCUGAUCCACAGAGUUCACAAGGGCUCUCCGGCCCACCGGGACGGCCUCCUGCCACGGGAUGUGUUGGUGGAGCUCAAUGGGAAGCCGGUCUACACGGCGGAGGAGCUGUACCAGGCGGUGCAGAACAACCAGCGGUUGGUGGUGACGGUGAGGAGAGGCGAGCGACUGCUGCAGCUGCACAUGAUGCCCGAGUACGUGGAGUGACGCCGCUUUUUAUACUUCUGAGGGACAAGUCCGAAAACAGCUGAUGAAUCAGGUGCCGGAGGCGUUCGACCACCUGCUCUUGUGUCAGCACCUCUGUAAAACGUGCUCAGUCAUCUGACAAUUACACACGUUUAAAAACAACUCUUGAAUGAUUGGCCGCCCCGCUUCACGUGACUUAGCCGCGUUCAUGUGUGCGAUGAGAGGGUUUGUCUGACCUGCGGACCUGGCAGUAACAGAGCCCUGCCAGCAGAUGGCGGCAUGGGCCGCGCGACUCUAAAGGUGAUGUCCGGAGUUAGUGCAGCAGGGCUUCUUUAAAUACCAGCUGAAGAUCAGAGGUAAGACCUUGUUCUCAUUUUUUUUUAUUUAUUUAUAAACGUCCUCGAUUUUCCUUCAGCUUUUACACGCUACCUAUUUUUCUUUUCCACAUGUAAAUGUGACGUUUCAGUUAUUUUUUCAUGACAACAGGAGACAGAAUCAUAUUAAAGCCAUUUAAUGUUGACAGCGACAGGAAGCAUAAGUCAGACAGUACGAGCCGAUCGACGAGUUCACGAAUGCUGCGAGAAUGAUCCCACUUCAUUAAUCACAAAUCAACACACAAAGUCUCGCGCCGGCUGACAGGAAGUAAAGUGACACGUACGGCUACACGAGUAAUAAACGUGAGUGACUAGAGCGUUAAAGUUCUACAUCAAACGUACGAACGAGUAUGGAGGACAGGACGACAUCGUUAUUUAAAAUUAGUUAAAAAGGCUUCAUAUAUUUGCUGGUAAUAUUUUUUUCUUUAAGAAAAUAUAAAUUGUGCGACUGAAGCUUACAAUACACUGCUGGCAGUAGCGCCGGGUUCGGAGGCGACCCGCCAAGGAGAGUUCGGGUUGUCGGUCGGUCCGGGCGCCGUGUGCUGAGACUCUCUGCUGGAGAGGAAGGGGGUGGGGGGUCGGACACUUUGUUUGAAUCCCGUUGGCCUGCGACUGUCGGUCACGGUGGAAUGCUGCGAUGUGCACGGACAGCGCCGGACUAGAACCAUACAGAUACAUAAAUAAAGGGCAUGGGCUUUGGAGGGGUGGGGA